CCGUGGCCCAAGACUACCCACGGCGCCCUUCGCCGACUCGCGGUGUCUACCAUUUGCACGGCUGUCUGUCGCUCUAGAUAUUCUGUGCUCACCGUGCUCGGCGCUGUGCUCGACUUUCUGUUAACACUUCUCCUGAGACUGGGACAUCAUGUCUUCUCGCCCCGAAGCCGGGAGACCUGCUCGGGUGUUGCUCGAUGCUUUCUACAUAGCACGAGCCCACACCAUACUCGCGUACGCGGCUUUUCUCGGUGCUCUGUUCAUAGGCUGUGCUCUGCAUUACAAGAAAAUAGUGAAGAAUGGCAUUGCCGGAUACCCUGAAGAGUGGUUCCCCUCAGUGUCUGCAACUAUUGGCGACUGGUAUCCGGAGCGGAACGUCUUCCAGAUUCUGAUCGCUCUGAAUUCUGGACCGCGACUCGCGCUGGUUCUCAUGCAGUACUACCUCCAUCGAAAUUCAAAUUCCUGGCUCCCGGGGCUCGUUAUGGUCGCUGGCGUGAUCAGAACGCUUUCCUGCGGCGGUUGGGUGUAUAUCACCUCCACAGAUGACCACGAUGCACAUGAUGUCCUGAUGAUUGGAUAUAUUGUUCUCAACCUACCAUGGAUGUUCGGGUCAAUUGCGAAUACUCCCGCGCAAUAUACGCACGCUCUGCGCAGGAGACGCCAGAUGGCCACAGCGUUCUUUGUAGCAAUGAUCCCUAUGAUUUACUUUUUCAUCCAGCACAAGGUUCACCGCAUUCCAGGAGCAUACACAAAAUACAGCUUCUUCGAGUGGGGACUGAUUUUCUUCGAUGUGAUGUUCGACUCGGCCGUUGAGCUCGAGGUCAAAGCGGCCAAUCUGCAGAUCGCGAUGGGCGUAUCCCUCGAUAGAAGCCCAGAGCCAAAUGAUAUCGUGCCCGCCCAAACAGCAGACGCCUUAGCCGCCCGCGUGACCUCCGUCUCCUCCGAAGUCGAGAAAGUAACCCAAGUGAUCACCAGAGCAGAUAGCUCUGAGGCUGCGGUUGUUUCUCCCGCUGGCUCGUCCCUAGACCAACUGAGAUCCUCCGCGAACUUCCUGAGCGAUCUAUACCUGUCCUUCAUCUACUGGUCGAUAUUCACCUCGCUCACGCCGACAUUCUUCUACUUCUCCGUUUGGGAGCUCGCUAUCGCGGGACACGAACUGUCUCUCCUCUCCGUCCUUUCUCCCGUGCUGCUCGGCGUGCGGCCCUUCCAACGAUGGUGUCGCACGCGCGCCGGGCGCACCGCGCUGCACGUCCUGUCGCUGGUGGGCUUGGGCGCGUACAAGCUGGAGAGCCCGCUGCAUCGGCUAUUUGCCGUGGCGUUCGCCACUAUGGUGGUGAAUGUGGGCGCUGCGGUCGAUUGGACUGACACGACAGAUAAGGGCGUGGGCUAUCAUAGCAUGCUGAUGGGCUUAGGGUUCCUGCUGUCGUCUAUUGCAAAACAUGCGAACCACUCCAACAAUCCAGUGUGGCCCAUCGUCAACGAGCAAUCUGGCGGAUACAACAAGACCGGCCUCCUCCUCGCCGUCCUCGCCAUCUGCAACUACGCCAUUCGAGCAAGCACCCCUCCAAAGGCGAAAACGCCGGCCGUCCAAAGCACGCACGAGUCUACCGGGUCCUGGCUACGCAACGCCAUCUCCCUCGGCACGCUCAUCUUCACCCUCCACUGCCUGAUCGCGGACCCCAGCACGCUCAUCGCCUGGUCCUGGACCGGCUACCCAAUCAAAGGCCCCGUCCCGCACCUACAUGGCUCCCUAACGCACGUCGCGCAGGCCCUCGGGCUCUGCCUCCCCCUCCUCCUCCCCUCGCUCUCCAACCCACUCUGGUUCGCGUGCGGCUGCGCCAGCGCAUACGCGCUGUACGCGCUAUCCGACUGGCCGGGGUACGCGGGCGGGCUGGGCUUCGCGGUGUUCCUCAUGUCGAUCACCCCCGGGGUGCUGCAGCGCACGGCGCGCACGGGCCAUGUCGCGAAGACGUACUUUGUCGCGUGGUUCGUAGUGAUCGUGUUCUAUUUUGCAAGCGUUUUCACGGUGGCGUAUGCGUUCGUGCCUGGUGGGGUGUACUUCCGGGAGCGGACGGACCUUGUACUGCUCGCACAGAUGGCCGGGAUAGCUCUGGCAUUCGACUGGUCGCGCGGCAAGGUGUCCGCUUCGCGUGUCAGCGUGACAAGACCUGUGCGCUCCGCCAGCUUCGCUGCGCUCUCUCUUCUUUGCAUGCUCUCGCUGCUCGUGACGAUGUACAGGUGGCCAAUGGCCGUUGUUCAGCCGCAUCGUCCCGGCUCGCGCCUCGUCCGUGCGGGGAUAUGGACGGUGCACUUCGGCAUCGAUAAUGAGGGGAGGGACAGCCAGCGGCGCAUGAGAGACUUGAUCAGGGAUAUGGAGUUGGACGUCGUCGGGCUGCUGGAAACGGACCUACACCGGACAGUGUUUGGCAACCGAGACUUAACGCGGGUCAUGGUGGAGGAGCUCGGCUUCUAUGUCGAUAUCGGUCCUGGCCCGAACAAGCACACAUGGGGAGCGGUCCUCCUUUCCAAAUUCCCGAUCAUCAACUCGACUCAUCAUCUGCUCCCAUCUCCCGAUGGCGAGCUUGCUCCCGCUAUAGAGGCUGUGCUGGACAUGUACGGCACACCGGUGACGGUGGUCGUGGCGCAUAACGGACAAGAGGAAACACCGCUGGAUCGCGAGCUUCAAGCUAUAGAGUUGGCUCGCAUCAUGUCGAAGUCAUAUCCGGAUCCUGUUUUGUAUCUCGGAUAUGUAGUCACGCAGCCACUGGCACAAAGGCCUGCGCCCUAUGAGAUCAUGGUAACUGACGGCCGUGUGCACGACAUCGACGAGACAGAUUGGGAUAGAUGGUGCGAAUACAUAUUCUACCGCGGCCUCUACCGCACCGCGUACGCUCGCGUGUCGAGGAGCACUAUCACAGACACGGAAAUGCAAAUCGGACAGUUCGUCGUACCGCGACCAGAGUCUGGUGCAAUCGUAGAUGACCAUGAUUCUCGAUACCUCCGGACAUGGAAGGAAGAGCUCCCGCCAGACCACUGGUUCCCUAUGGAAUACUAUCACGAGACCGGGGGCGUAAGAGGACACUUCUACCAUGUCUUUGAUACGCCUCUGUACUACAAGCUUCCGGAGGGUGUUGCGUUGUAA